AUGAACCAGGAUCAAAUCCCUGUAGUAAAUCUGAAUUCAGCCAGACAUGCUGGAAGGUGCCUUAGAAAAAGGAACCGCAGCCUCGGCAGUGUCCUCAGCAAUGUUCUGCAGAAAAGGAAGUGCAUUUCACGGUCUGCACCUCGAUUGCUCUGCACCUUAGAAUCAGGUGCUGAUCCACGAGUGAAGGUUAACACUGAAUGUUUGGCUGUUCAAAAUGAAUUUCAACAGGUUUACUGCCCCAUUUCUUUUGGGCAACAGUUUGGGCUAGCGAUCUGUUCUAAGGUAUACCAUAAGUGGUUUGAGACCUGUCGAGCUAUUGUUCAGUUACCAGCAGGAAUUCCCAAGCAGUGGAGGCCAAGGGUUUGGAUAACGUUGGCAGACCAUCACCUUCAAAGCAUUUCCAUUGACUGGGAAAAAACCAAGCAUUUCUUUCUUAAUGAGCAAAGAAACCCAAAUGAGGAUGCAUUAGGAAUCCAGAUAGACAAGGACCUGCGUCAGUCUAGCUCGAGCCUUUACGGUGGCACUGAUGUGGAACAGUUCUACAGUGCAUUGAAACGACUUUUACUAGCCUAUGCUCACUGGAAUAAGAGAAUUGGCUACUGUCAAGGUUUCAUAAUACCAGCAGCAGUCAUUCUGAAGGUGAUGGAAAGAGAUGAGGGUGAUGCAUUGAAGGUCCUGGUCUAUCUACUUGACAGAGUUCUUCCAGACAAUUAUUUUGCUAACAAUCUCAGUGCUUUGACCGUUGAUAUUGCAGUCUUCCAUGAUCUGUUAAGAAUUAAACUUCCUGAACUUUCACAACAUCUGGACCGUCUUUGCACAGCAGCCAAAAAAGCCAAUGAUGGGAGAUGCAUUCUGCCACUUACCAGUGUCGUCACCAUGCAGUGGUUUCUGACUCUCUUCACCUCCUGUCUUCCCAAAGACACCAUCCUCCGGGUUUGGGAUGCCAUCUUGUUUGAAGGGUCAGAGGUGCUAUUUCGAGUGGCUCUAGCAUUAUGGGCUCAACUAGGAGAGUGGAUCAAGAAGUGUCAAAGGCCCGAUGAGAUCACUAAAUGUCUGAAUCAGGAGAUGAUGGAGAUUAACUUGACGGACUGCAGCAAACUGAUGCAGACUGUGUAUUCAAUGGCAACUUUUCCCUUCCCACAAGUGGUUGAACUGAGAGAGAAGUAUAGUCCUUCAUCGUUUCAAGCAAAGGUUGCUGCCUCAAGCCAUCACUUGAAGGAAGCUCAGUGCAAGGGAAAAGCAUCAGAUGAGAGUCAUGGAACCUGCACUUUCAUUUCUGCAGUGGGAUUCCCUGGGAUCCACAAUCCAGCACACUGUCAGAAAACAGCUCAAAAUGAAAAGCGAAAAAGCAGCUGCAAUUUGGGGAAGACUGUUCCAGCCACAACUGGUGAUAGUGUAUCACACCCUCAAGUAGCAGUGAACAGCACAGAGUACACAGCAACACGUACACCUGUGUUGAAGCAACACCACUCAAAAAUGACCAAGAGACAGCAACAAAACCAGUACCUAACUCCCAGACAUGGUAACAAUGAAUCUUGCUCUCCUGGGACACCACUUCAUUCCAAAAAGUCUAAAGUCAUAAAUCGAUUCCUUGGUGGCAAAAAGCUAAAGAACAGCAGCAAAAGUAACCGAGUCCACCACACCCCAAAUCCCAGGGCACCUCAGCCCAUACAGAAAGAACAGAAAAAUAAGAUAACCGUCCCUUGGUGUUCUCAAAAAAGAGUCCCUCGCAAUGUCUUGACCAGGAAUCUGAAGGUUAAGUCAGGCUGCAGUGAUACAGUAGGCCUGCUGGAAGACCAGACGGAUAGCUCCAAGGCGGAAGUCGUCAAAGUUGAUGAUCCAGCCCAUAGAAUAACGGGAGAGAACAGGGAAGUUUCUCAGUUACAUUGUGAAGCCAGAACGUAUUUUAGUGAACAUUUGGCCAUCGAGUUGUGCAAAAAGGAUGUCGACAAUUUGGCCAGGGUUGAAAAUUUAUUCAAGACACUUCAAAUAGGGGAGCCAAACCAUUCUUUAUUUGCAGCAGAAUCCAGCAACCAGCUAGGGGUAUGUGAUUGUUGUGUGGACUUGAGAAAAGAUCGGUUCAAAGCUAAGAAUUUCACAUUUCUGUCUGCUAUCAAAGCAAAUACCACAGACAAUACUUUACUUGCGGAUCUCUCUGGAAACUCUCUCAAAACACAAAAUCUAGGUUUACGUGGAUCUUGCAGCAACAUCCAGAUACUGCCAUUCAAUAAAUGA